AUGUCAAAAGCAGGCAGCUCUGGAUAUGCCCCCUUGGGAGGAGCUCCGUCAUACUACCAAAAUGAAGAUUUGGAGGGACAGGCUGCUGACAAGUUUGGGCAGACUGUAGCUCAAUCUUCAGUUGAAGUGAGACUUGGAUUCGUUCGCAAGGUUUACUCUCUACUCGCUGCACAACUGUUGCUCACUACAAUCUUCUCGGCAGCCUUCUUGUAUUCUCCCGCUGUUCAGGAUUUCUCUCAAAAUAAUUCAUGGCUGCUCUUUGUCUCAAUGUUUGGAUCACUUGGCGUCCUGAUUGCCUUGAUAUGGAAGCGCAAAUCACAUCCAACAAACAUGUGGUUAUUAUUUACAUUUACUGUACUUGAAUCGUACACUGUGGGCAACGCUGUGACAUUUUAUGAUUCGGAGACUGUGCUCCAAGCAGUUGUCUUGACAUUCGCUCUCUUCUUUGGAUUGACCUUGUUUACACUUCAAUCGAAAAUGGAUUUUACUGGUCUAGGGCCAUUCCUCUUUGGGUCUUUGUGGCUUGUAAUAAUUGCAGGAUUUAUUGAAAUCUUUUUGCCAUUCAACAAGAUGUUUGAUUUGUUCCUGGCGCUAUUCAUCGUCAUUCUGUUUUGCGGUUACAUCGUAUAUGACACGCAAAUGAUAUUCGAACGUCUGUCACCAGACGAAUAUAUUAUUGCUGCAGUCGAGUUGUAUCUUGACUUGCUCAACCUGUUUCUCGCCAUAUUGAGAGUGUUGGAAGAUGCUCGAAGAUGA